GUUCUCGUGUAUCCCGUUUUAGGCUUUCUGGGCAUAACAGGAAAUGUCGUCACCGGGAUAAUCCUAAGACGCAGCGGACUGGAUAAACCCCCGAACGUCCUGCUGCUGGCACUGGCAAUUUCCAGCAUCAGCUGCUUACUACCCACGGUCAACAUCUUCUCUUUGCUGCGGAAAUUCAACAAGAUUGUACCGCAUGGCUUUUAUGCAUGGGAAUACGAGCCGGGCAAAUCUGGGUUCGCUUAUUUCUGUUUCCACGCGACGAUAGUUAUUUUAUUUCAAAGCAGAUAUGGACUUCAAGUUACGUCAUCAAUUUGUGUGCUAAUUACCCUGGAGAGGCUUGUUGUCAUAUUUUUUCCAAUGAGAAUUAAAAGCAUCAUCACGCUGAAGAGGACUGUUGCCGUGGUCAUAUUCGUGUAUCUCCUCUGGCUGCCACAUCUCGUAAUGAGCAUCAGAGCUUGUACACCUCUCGUGUUCUAUUUCGACGACGUUGAGAUAUACGGACUGACGGGGUAUUUUGAAGAAAACGAUCUUUUGAUUAACAUUGGACAGGUUUCCGACUGGCUGUGCGGAAUCAUUCCCGUCACUGUUAUCGUCCUCGGCACGGUCACGAUGAGCGUGAAGCUGGGGUUCAUCCUCAAGAACAGGAGGCGCCUGACUUCGUCUCUGAGGGGGACCCGCUCCCUGCGUCUCUCCAAAACGUUGAUCGUCCUAUGUGUUCUGUUCUGCCUCUGCCACACGCUCGAGUUCGUUUACCUGUUUAAGACGUUCCACUACAACGAUAAACUUCUUAUGGGCAACCUAGCACUGAUGUUGGCUUACGUGGACAGCGCUAGUCACUUUCCUGUUUACAUCUUUUUAAAUAAAAACUUCAGG